GCUGGCGCUCAUUGGCUGACGGAGCCGCCUGUCAGCGGCGCCGCUUCCGGUGCCGCCGUCGCCGGGAAGGCCCAGCGCCGCCGCCGCAGCCGCCGCCCCGCCCGGCCCCGCCCGGCGCCAUGGAGGUGACGGUGGGGACGGCGGCGCUGGCGCUGGCGCUGCUGCUGCUGCCGGUGCUGUACGAGCGCAGCGGCUCCUUCCGCUUCUUCUGCAAGAUGGGCUUCUACAACGGGUGGAUCCUGCUGCUGGCGCUGGUGGCCAUCCCGCUCUGCGCCCUGCGGGGCCGCGACGUCGAGAACAUGAAGAUCAUCCGGGGGCUGAUGCAGCACGUGAAGCAUCUCUAUGGGAUCCGGAUGGCGGUUCGGGGCGCCCAGCACUUCCCCCCCCAGCAGCCCUACGUCGUCGUCAGCAACCACCAGAGCUCCCUCGACCUGCUGGGGAUGAUGGAGGUGCUGCCGGACCGCUGUGUGCCCAUCGCCAAGCGGGAGCUGCUCUACAUGGGGGCCGUGGGGGUGGUCUGCUGGCUCGGCGGCAUCAUCUUCAUCGACCGCAAGCGGACACAUGACGCCAUCAGCGUCAUGGCCGAGGCUGCCCACACCAUGCUCAGCCAGGACGUCCGGGUGUGGGUCUUCCCCGAAGGGACGCGCAACCACAGCGGCUCCAUGCUGCCCUUCAAGCGGGGCGCCUUCCACCUCGCCGUCCAGGCCCAGGUCCCUGUCGUCCCCAUCGUCAUCUCCUCCUAUCAGCACUUCUACAGCAAGCGGGAACGGAGGUUCACAGCUGGGCAGUGCGUGAUCCAGGUGCUGCCCCCACUGCCCACGCGGGGGCUGGGCCCGGCCGACGUCCCGGCGCUCACUGAGCGGGUCCGCGCCGCCAUGCUGGAGGCCUUCGAGGCGCUCUCGGCCGAGCUGCGCCCCACGGCGUCGCCCCCCGCUCCCCAGUGACCCACCCCGCCCCACGGCCGCCCCCUGCCCCACGGGCGCUGCCCAGCCCCACGGCAGCGGGACAGGGGCUGACCCACAUGCGGAAUGGGGACUGACCCACAAGCGGCGCGCGGGCUGACCCACACGUAGAGCGUGGACUGACACGUGGCGGGACACGGACCCACGAGUGGGGCACGGGCAGACCCGCGCCGGGGCACGGAGCAACCCUCGGCAGGAACCAUAGGAAGAGUGUGGCCAGACCUACAGCGGGAAUGCGGAACGACCCACGGUGGGACUCUAGAGGAAGAGCGGGGUGUGGACUGACCCCCAAGUGGGGCUUGGAGCAACCCACAGCGGGACCUAUGGAAGCGCGUGGACUGACCCAUGGCAGGAGCCGUAGGAAGAGCUCGGUCAGACCCACAGACGCACAGUGGGGACCUGGUCUGACCCACGGCGGGACCCACAGGAGGCUCACGGAGUGACCCUAGCGGGACCAUGGUAUGACCCACAGCGGGACCCCCACGGACCGACCACUCCAGACCCCCAUGUUGGGGGGGUACCCUCAGACCGACCCACUCCAGACCCCCAUGUGGGGGGGCCCCAUGGACCGACCCACUCCAGACUCCCAUGUGGGGGUCCUAGCGACUGACCCAUGGCUCGUGGGGGGGGGCACAGGGCUGACCCCCCUCAACAGCCGGUGCCAUUUGGGGAUGGGGGGGGUGUCCCAGGCCGUGGGGCAGUGUGGGGGGCGGGUGCUGAUUGGCUGCCAGAACAGGCCCGACCUCUUUUUAGGGGGCGAUGCCACAUAUUUAUUGGGGGGAGGGGGGUGGAUUUUGCCAAAUUUCCCUCCUGCCCCUGGCUCGGGGUCCCCCCUGCUUUUAAUAAACCCCCCCCAAGUC